AUGUGGGAGCCAGACAUGGUACAUACAUGGGGAAUACAUUGGGAGUGUGGUAGCUAGACAUGGUACAUACAUUGGGAGUGUGGUAGCUAGACAUGGUACAUACAUUGGGAGUGUGGUAGCUAGACAUGGUACAUACAUUGGGAGUGUGGGAGCUAGACAUGGUACAUACAUUGGGAGUGUGGUAGCAAGACAUGUUAAAGGGGGCUGAAACACGGCUUCUGCUUCUGCUGUUAAAACAUGGAUUGAACAUAUCAAAACUGUUGUGUGAGUUCAUUUUCUUCAGGGUUUGUACGGGUGCUUGAAAACCUUGAAAGUGCUUGAAUUUUAUUUGUGAAUAAGUGCAUGAACCCUGUUCCUUCUCUAUCUCUCUCUCAGGAUAGCCCAGAACAUCUUCUGGCGUCUCCAUGAGCGAGGCUUCCUACUUGAAGACAUUGUGGAGCAGCUGCGCUGCGAGGCUUGCCAGCGUUUUCUAGCUGACCGCUUCGUGGAGGGAACAUGUCCCUUCUGUUCUUACCCAGAGGCACGAGGGGACCAGUGUGACAAGUGUGGCAAGCUUAUCAACGCUGUGGAGCUACGGGUGAGUGGAUGGAGAGACCUUUUAUUUGGGGCACGUUCCACAGCUAAGGAGAGACGACGCAACAACCAAUGGUUACGUGCCAUGUCAUCGCCUGGCAGAUUGCUAUAACAUAUGAUGUGGUUACCUGAGUGUACUCCCGAGUGGCGCAGUGGUCUAAGGCACUGCAUCGCAGUGCUAGCUGUGUCACUAGAGAUCCUGGUUCUAAUCCAGGCUCUGUCGUAGCCGGCCGCGACCGGGAGACCCAUGGGGCGGCGCACAAUUGGCCCAGCGUCGUCCAUGGUAGGGGAGGGAAUGGCCGGCUGGGAUGUAGCUCAGUUGGUAGAGCAUGGCGUUGUGGGUUGUGGGUUUGAUUCCCACGGGGGGCUAGUAUAAAAAUAAUAAUAAUAAAAUAAUAAAAUAAUGUAUGCACUCACUAACUGUAAGUCGCUCUGGAUAAGAGCGUCUGCUAAAUGACUAAAAUGUAAAUGUAAAAUGUUACCUGAUACUUAAAAUACCUAUCCAGGCAUUGUAAGAUCUGUCAGGCGUCAGCAAUGUGUAAGCUCUGGAACGCGGCCAUUAUCUAUCAUCAAUCAAUUAAUCAAUCAAUGGAGUUUACCUGAUCCAGCCAGACCUGGGUUGAAUACUUUCAAAUACUUUUGCUGCACUUGGUUUAGUUUUCCUGGUACAAUGGAAGGAACCAAUGGAAUAGUCCCAAACGUCUGAACCCAUUAUGAGACAACAUCAAGGAGACUGUAGCUAAGAAUGAAAAGACAACGUCAAGGAGACUGUAGCUAAGAAUGAAAAGACAACGUCAAGGAGACUGUAGCUAAGAAUGAAAAGACAACGUCAAGGAGACUAACUAAGAAUGAAAAGACAACGUCAAGGAGACUAACUAAGAAUGAAAAGACAACGUCAAGGAGACUAACUAAGAAUGAAAAGACAACGUCAAGGAGCCUGUAACUAAGAAUGAAAAGACAACGUCAAGGAGACUAACUAAGAAUGAAAAGACAACGUCAAGGAGACUAACUAAGAAUGAAAAGACAACGUCAAGGAGCCUAACUAAGAAUGAAAAGACAACGUCAAGGAGGCUGUAACUAAGAAUGAAAAGACAACGUCAAGGAGUCUGUAGCUAAGAAUGAAAAGACAACGUCAAGGAGACUAACUAAGAAUGAAAAGACAACGUCAAGGAGACUAACUAAGAAUGAAAAGACAACGUCAAGGAGACUAACUAAGAAUGAAAAGACAACGUCAAGGAGACUGUAGCUAAGAAUGAAAAGACAACGUCAAGGAGACUGUAACUAAGAAUGAAAAGACAACGUCAAGGAGACUGUAGCUAAGAAUGAAAAGACAACGUCAAGGAGACUGUAACUAAGAAUGAAAAGACAACGUCAAGGAGACUGUAGCUAAGAAUGAAAAGACAACGUCAAGGAGGCUGUAACUAAGAAUGAAAAGACAACGUCAAGGAGGCUGUAACUAAGAAUGAAAAGACAACGUCAAGGAGACUGUAGCUAAGAAUGAAAAUCCACACAAACUUUUCUGAGGAUGACCAGAUUUAGUGUAGGAGGAAUUCUAUAGCCUACUAAUAUUUCAAUCACAAUGACUCAAUGAACCGAGCGACUCAUCCACAUUCUAUCCGUCCCAAGCGGAACCAAAAUGUCAAUAACACCUAUCGUUUAAUUAGCAUCACUCUGCUUGGCCAAAACAAUAGAACAAAAUGUAUAAAACUUCACAAUCUAAUCAACACAAUGAUAGGAGCGCACAUCUGGGCUGUUCCCGCUUUGAAAUGAAAUGACGCACAGCAACUCUGUAAAGAGAAAUCCACGUACAGUAAAGACAUCAAAAUGUUCAUCUGUUUAUGAGCGAUUGAAGGAAUACAAACAUGACAAUUACAUUCAUAUGGUUACAUUCAUUUAGUAAAUUCAAGUUUCAUCAGUCUUCACACCUCUGAGGGCGUCAGUAACCCCGGGGCGCCGUGGGAACGUCCCACCCCGGAGGCGCCAGCAAGUCGCCGACGCAAGGGUCACCCUCUUUCCCACUACAAGGCCUUAGUGAUGUGACCUCUCUCCUUCUCCUCCGGCUACAAAGGCCUAUAGUGGAUGUGACAUCUCUCUCGCUCCACUACAAAGGCCUUAGUGAUGUGGACCCUCUCUCCUCCUUCCCCUACAAGAGCCUUAGUGAUGUGGACCUCUCUCUCCUCUCUCUUCCAUCCGCUACAAGCCUUAGUGAUGUGACCUCUCCUCCUCCUCCCGCUAGCAAGGCCUUAGUGAUGUGACCUCUCUCUCCUCCACUAAAGGCCUUAGUGAUGUGACCACCAGGUACUCUCUCCUCCACUACAAGGCCUUAGAGUUACCCCCCCACUACAAGCCUUGUGAUGACCUCUCUCCUCCACUACAAGGCCUUAGUGAUGUGACCUCUCUCUCCUCCACUACAAGGCCUUAGUGAUGUGACCUCUCUCUCCUCCACUACAAGGCCUUAGUGAUGUGACCUCUCUCUCCUCCGCUACAAGGCCUUAGUGAUGUGACCUCUCUCUCCUCCACUACAAGGCCUUAGUGAUGUGACCUCUCUCUCCUUUUCCCAUUUACAAGGCUUAGUGUGUACCUCUCUCCUCCCUAAAAAGGGCCCUUUAUGUGUGACCUCUCCCCCUCCUCCACUACAAGGCCUUAUGAUGUAAACCUCUCUCUCCUCCGCUACAAGGCGUAGUGGAUGUGACCCCCCUUUUCCCCUUUCCACUACAAGGCCUUAGUGAUGUAAACCUCUCUCUCCUCCUACAAGGCUUAGUGUGUUUGUGACCUCUCUCUCCUCCACUACAAGGCCUUAGUGGGAUGUGACCUCUCUCUCCUCUCUCCCUCUGCUACAACCUUAUGAUGUACCUCUUUUCUUCCAUAAAGGCUUGUGGGAUUGGGGGACUUUCUUUCACUAAAGGUUGUGAGUGUGAACCCUUUCUCCCCCAUAAAGCCUUAGGGGGAUUGUGAACUCUUCUCUCCUUUACAAGGCCUUUUGGGGGUGUUUUGUGACUUCUCUUCCUCCACUACAAGGCCUUAGUGAUGUGACCCUCUUUUCUCCUCCGCUACAAGGCCUUAGUGAUGUGACCUCUCUCCCCUCCACACAGGCCUUAGUGAGGGUGACCUCCUUCCCUCCCCCUCCUCUCCUCCCUGCUACAAGGCCUUAGUGAUGUGAUCUCUCUCUCCUCCGCUACAAGGCCUUAGUGAUGUGACCUCUCUCUCCUCCCUCUCCGCAGGAGCCUACAUGUAAGGUGUGUAGUCAAAUCCUUUUUUAAAAUUCAAAAUGUUCCAACCCCAAACCCCCUGUUCCAUCCCGGGAUGCAACCAAGUCCAUUUUUCAAAGUAAAUUUUAUAGUUUAAAUAAGGGCUAAUUUUCCCCAACCAAGAUUUAGUGUUUAAACUAAGGUGUUUUCACUCUCCCUCCUAAACCUCCCCCUUUUUCCCCGGGCCUUUGGGGGGGGGUCGCGGGGCCAAAGGCCGGCUUGGGGCCCCGGAAGGGCCAAAAGUAAGAAAGCAAAAGGGAAAACCCAAAAGGAAAAAAGGAAAAGGUGGGGAAAGGGGGAGGGGGGGGAAAAAGUGAAAUGGCCCCCUUUUCCCCUUCUCCUUCCCUCUCUCCUCUCUCCCUUCUCUCUUCUCCUCUCUCCCUUUUCCUUCCUCUCUUCCCUCUCCUCUCCUUCCUUCCCCCCUCGGGCCUCCCCUUCUCUCCCCCCUUUCCCCUCUCCUCUCUCUCUCUCCCCUCUUCCCUUUGCCUCUCUCUUUUCCCCCCCUUCCUCCUUUCUGCCCUUUGCCGUUCCCGGCCCGCCCCUUCCCCGGCCAGCCCCGGCCUCUUACCCCACCCCGGGCCCCCCCCCCCUUUUCCCUCUCCCCUUUUAAAUCCAGGGUCCUUUAAGGGGGGUGAUUUGGGCCAACUGGGGCAGGGGCCCCCCCCGAACCUGGCGAACCCAAAAACCCAUCACCGGCCUGGGUGGGGAGGCCCCGGUGAGGGGGGGGGGGGCCCGGGGGGGGUGGUGGGGGGUCAAUUAGAUGCCCCUCUUUUUUUCCCCCCCCUCAUUCCCAAUCCCCUCGCCCCCCCCCCCCCCAAACCUUUUUUCCCCUUUCCCCUAACCCCUCUAUUUGCCCCCCCCCUUUCCUUUUUUUCCCCAACCCCCCAAAAAUACCCCAUCUCUCUCUCUUUCCUCUCUCCUUCCCUCCUCUUUUUCCUUUUUUCUUUUUUGGGUUUGGUGUCUCUUUGGUCCUCCUCCCCAAACUCACUGACCAAGGGAAGGGGGAAAACCAGCGAACAGGGUCUCCCAUUCCCAUCAUCCUUUUUUGUGAUGUUUUCCCCCGGCUUGCCCUUCUCACAAAGUCCUUUAAACCGUGGAAACCCCCAAGCUAGUUUCAGUUAGCAUCAUGGGUCUCUUUAACCAGUGAUCAACUUCCCACUAACUUCAGUUCUAACAGCCACCCGUUUUUUUACCAGUGGUCAACUCCUCCCAUUAAAGGGUGGCCCCUAUCCCAUUUUUAGGAUUAGUUUGCCAUUUUUCCGCCUAGCCCCAAAAUUCAAUGUUUGGAGGGUUUCCCAUUAAAACCUUCGGGAAUUGAGCCACCCAACAAUUGCUGUAUUCGGACGUUUGGUCGUAGGGUGAAGGGGGAGCUUGGGUUAGCUAGAGGUUGUUACCAUUUAAAUUUCGAAUCCGUUUCGGCCCUUUUAGUGUGGGUAAAAGGGUAAUUAAUAUAAUUUUGAAAAUGUUAGAGUUAAGUUAAAAGUAAUUUUAUCACAUUCUUUCUUUUUGGGUAUAACCUUGUUGAUUUGGUUCCUUUUUUUUUAAAAAAAAAGGCGGUGAGGGGUGUAUUGGCCAAUUCAUUUAAGGAAGGGGUGUUUUAGACUAAAAGGGGGCCUGGUACCUUAACCGGGUUUGGAUAUUUAAAACCCUAGGCCUGGUUUAAAAUUUACCAUUAUAGAGCUUAAAUUAAAUGGGUUAAUUAAAUUUUAAUUGUGUACCGGCUUACCCAAUCCACCCAAUUUCAAACCAUUUAUAAUCAUUUUAUUUCUGUAUUUGACCACAAGCUGUAUAACGUCAUGUAAUUCCUGUAUUCUACCACCAGGUGGCUCUAUAACGUCAUGUAAUUCCUGUAUCUUACCACCAGGUGGAGAUCUAUAACAUGUAAUUCCUGUAUUCUACCACCAGGUGGAGCUGUAUAAUUUCAUGGCCAAGGAUAACGUUCCGUUCCACAGUGUGGUGUUCCCCUGCUCGCUACUGGGAGCACAGGACAACUAUACACUGGUCAACCACCUGGUAGCUACAGGUAACACACACACACACACACACACACACACACAUAGAGGCAUACACACACACAGGGCUUUAGUGUUGGUGAAACUUGAAAUCCCUAAUGAUAUUGCAGACAAUACAAUUAUAUUUAGAUAUUUCAUUUUUUUUAUUCUAGCACUGUGAUCGUUGACUUCAUGUUAAGCUGUUGCUCCCUAGUUGAAUCCACUUGAAUUGUUAGUCGCUCGGGAUAAGAUCAACUAAAGCACUCUGUGGUGUUUUCUCUCAGAGUACCUGAACUACGAGGACACUAAGUUCUCUAAGAGUCGAGGGGUGGGUGUGUUUGGUGACAUGGCCAAGGACACGGGCAUCCCCUCUGACGUGUGGCGAUUCUACCUGCUUUAUCUCCGCCCCGAGGGACAGGACUCUGCCUUCUCCUGGGCCGACAUGGCUAUCAAGAACAACUCUGAGCUGCUCAAUAACCUGGGCAACUUCAUCAACAGGUACUGUAGUUAGAGAGGUAGAGGCUGGGGCUCAGAUAGGAUCAGGGGGGGUUCUGGGUCAGGAAAGAGCAGAGUACCAAGAACUGAUUCUCUAAACCUGGAAAUGAAUAAUUUAUUAUUCAAGUAGUUCUACUAGCUUGAUAGUAGCUCUUGUGUUUAUAUUAAAUUGUUAAUAAAUUAUAACGUAUUGGAAUUAAUCCUUUAAGCCUAUCUAAGUGCUGAAGUCAACACAUUGGGAAUUUGGGAAUUGUAAGGAAUUGCUUGUGAUGAACUCUCUCUCCCACUUUCCUCUCUCUUGCUACCACCCCCCCCCCCCCCCAUCUAUCCCUCCCUCUAUCCCUCUCAGAGCGGGUAUGUUUGUCAGUAAGUUCUUUGAGAACUGUGUCCCUGACAUGAUACUUCAGCAGGAGGAUAAGAGACUGUUGGCCCAGGUUGGAUGGGAGCUGAAGCAGUAUAUAACCCUCAUGGACAGAGUCAAGUAAGAACAAACUGUCAAAAUGCAGAACAAACUGUCAAAAAGUCACAUGCAGACACACACUGACACGGUUUUAGGAGCUACUGAAAAGAAUGGAAAGGUGAAACUUGAAGUUUAUAUUGUGUGUUGUGGUCUGGAGAGAUGGUUCCUCUUCCUAAUUUCAUGUUGAAGCAGCAACUUAUUUGACCUAGUUCUAAUUCUGGGAGCUGUGGUACACUCUGUUUCAUGAUGAUGGAUCUCCUCUGUUCUGUUCACCCUAUCAGGAUCUCCUCUGUUCUGUUCACCCUAUCAGGAUCUCCUCUGUUCUGUUCACCCUAUCAGGAUCUCCUCUGUUCUGUUCACCCUAUCAGGAUCUCCUCUGUUCUGUUCACCCUAUCAGGAUCCGUGAUGCCCUGAAGUGUAUCCUCAACAUCUCUCGCCAUGGUAACCAGUACAUCCAGGUCAAUGAACCCUGGAAGAAAAUCAAAGGAGACGAAACAGACAGGUUAGUCUCUCUCUCUCUCCUGUCUGUCUCUCAUGUCUGUCUGUCUCUCUCUUUUCUGUGUCUUCUCUACCCCUUUCCUGUUGUCUCUCUCUCCUCUCGUUCUCUCCUUUUCUCUCUCUCUCUUGGUCUUAUUUCUUCCUCUUUUCUAUUUCUUUAAAGUGGGCUUUUUCUGUCGGUGCACUCUCUCUAUUUCUCUGUCCCCUUCCUCCUCUCUUCUCCUCUUCUCUCCUC